AAAUGGCUGCCACGCAGAGCGGCUAUAAUAGCUUUCUUUUCUAAGCAAGGGCUUAUACAGUUCUCCCGUUGACAUUGCGUCUUUACUUUUACCAAACAAACAUAAUGUUCAAAAGGGCGAAAAAAGCAAACUUUCGACGGAGGAAUGAUUCCGACGAGGAGGAGCCGAUGGAGAGCCAUUCGCUGGCGCCCACAUCGUUCGGGCCUGUCGUGGAAAUCCCGUUCAUGGAGACCUGCAGCUUCACCGCAGCACCGAGCAGCGCCGAUAAUAGUUACAGCAACGGCUUUUUGUCGAACAACAUGAGAGCUGUCAAGAAGGAGAAGAAGGUUAAAGAUGUUCCAGUUGUCCUGCCGCCCACGAAAGCCAGUUUGCUGAGUUUUGACGAUGACGAAGACUGCUCCGAGGUGUUCAGGGUAAAGAAACCCAAUCACAGCAAGAAGAUUGUUAAACAGCUCAAGAAAGAAUACAAGGAGGAUUUGAAGAAAGGUGGACCUACCACACAAGAAACCAAAACAGACGCUUCAUUUCAACCUCUGGCUGCCAUUAAAGAAGAAGUUCUCAGCAGAGCGAGCAGUGAACAGGGCGAGGAGGAAAUGGAGGUGGAUAGUGCUGAUGAGCAGGAAGAAGAGACACGUGGUGGUCAAAUAUCAAGGACCAAGAACAUGGGAAGCACUUUCAGCACACUGUCCUCCCUUGGCAGCUUAAAGCCAGGAGAAAUCCCUGAUGCAGCAUUUAUCCAUGCUGCCAGAAAGCGUCGCCAGCUGGCUAGAGAACUGGGAGGUGAGACACCUCUGAUGGAGGCAGAAGCUCAAAACAAACGUCUGGCACAAGAGGACAGAGAUGGCAGCGACGACGAAGAUGAGGAAGAAAAGAGGAUUCGCUUUAGUGGAGUCAAGAACAAAACCCAGAGGCAGAAGAUAGCUGAGGAGAUAGGUAUUGAGGGAAGUGAUGAUGAAGCACUGGAUACAGGUCACGAUGAAGAGGUGCGCCGUUGGGAGCAAGAGCAGAUUAGGAAAGGAAUCAGCAUACCCCAGGUUCAAAGCAGUCAACCAGAGGACACCACGGUCUACUACCAAAACAGCUAUGAGACCCAGCCCUUUGGUUCCUCCUACACCAUGCCUUUCCCCUACAGUGCAGUGGCUCCUCAGACUGGCAAGAUGCCAGACACCUCUGAUAAUGGCUCUGUUCAGUAUGGAGCCCCACUUUGUGAUCUAACUCCAGUGUCCAUUGAUUUGGUAAAGAAACGCCUGCAGGAUAGGCUCACCCAAAUGCACGCAGGCCACAACGCAAAUGUUGAUCGCUACAAACAGAUUAAAGAAGACCUAGCUGCCUCUGAAAGUUCCAUCCAGCAGCUGGAGGGUUCAUCCAAUGAUAACGCAGAUCAAUAUAAAUUCUUGCAAGAGAUGCGAGGGUAUGUUGGAGACUUGCUUGAGUGUUUCAGUGAAAAGGUGCCUGCUGUCCUGGAGCUGGAGGCUGCCAUGCACCAGUUACUAAGACAACGGGCCUCGCGACUUGUCCAGAGAAGACAGGAUGAUAUUAAAGAUGAAUCGUCGGAGUUUGCAAGCCUUUCAAGUCAGUCCAUCUUGAAGAUAAAGCUGUCAUGGCUCCUAAUCUAGACUCAUUUGGUCGAGACCGAGCAGCAAUCCAAGAGCCCAGUCGUCAGAGGAGGAUAGCAGAAAGA